CCCUCACUCCCACCCCCUCCCGGCGGUUACCGCAUCGUCGCCAGGACAAGCCGCCAGCCAACCGAAACCCAAAUCGAACCGCCGGACCGGAGGAGCAGCCGACGACCAGCAGCAGAGCCAACGGGAGGGAGCCAUGGAUCGGUACCAGAGGGUGGAGAAGCCGCGGGAGGAGGUGCCCAUCAAGGAGAACGAGAUCCGCAUCACCACCCAGGGCAGGAUGCGCAACUACAUCACCUACGCCACCACCCUCUUCCAGGAUAAGGGUUGCGAUGAAGUUGUAUUCAAGGCCAUGGGAAGGGCCAUAAACAAAACUGUGAUGAUUGCAGAAUUGAUCAAGAGGAGAAUUGUGGGUCUCCAUCAAAACACUGCCACUGAAUCCACUGAUAUUACUGACACAUGGGAGCCUCUGGAGGAAGGCCUACUUCCACUUGAGACAACAAGGCAUGUGUCUAUGAUUACUAUAACUCUUUCAAAGAAGGAGCUGGACACUUCAUCUGUUGGAUAUCAAUCUCCUCUGCCUGCUGACAAGGUGAAGCCGUUUGUUGAAUACGAUAAUGAAGAAGAUGCGCACUCACCUCCUGGACGAGGAAGAGGGCGUGGUCGAGGCCGUGGAAGGGGAAGGGGUAGAGGUGCACGUGGAAAUGGAUACAUGGAGUAUGCUGAUGGUGGAUGGGAGAAUGAGCAUGCUCCUGCCUAUGCAGGCAAUGGGUAUGCUGACCAUGGUCCUGCUUAUGAGGGUAAUGGGUAUGUGCGUGGUAGAGGCCGUGGCGGUUUCAGGGGCCGUGGCAGGAGAGGUGGCUAUGGUGGUCAGCCUGAUUAUCAGCAUGAUGGAGGCUAUUAUGACGAGGCACCACCGCCACCCCGAGGUGGGGGCCGUGGUUUCAGGGGCCGUGGCAGGAGAGGCGGUUACGGUGGUGGCCAGCCUGGUUACGGUGGCGGACAGCCUGAUUAUCAGCAAGACGGAGGGUAUUACGAGGAGGCACCUCUUCCUGCACCAGCUGGAGGUCGUGGUCGAGGCCGUGGCCGUGGGAGAGGCGGCCCAGCUCGUGGCAGAGGGCGUGGUGGCAACGCCAAUGGCAACAUGGUGUACGCCGCCGCUUCGGGCGCAUAGGCAGUCCGCAGCUGGCUGCCGUCGUUAGUUGGAUGCCUGCUCAAGCAUGAAGAUGUAUCAUCUGUGUUGUUUAUCGGUUGACAUAUAUACUUUGUAUAAGCCUGACAUUCGUUGGGAAUGCGGCCAGAUUUUGAUAUUUGACUAGAUUUGUAGGGGUAGCGCCGUUAUGAUUGUGCUUUGUUUUUUCCAAAGUAGAUGUGUCAAACUAAUUGUAGCUGCCAGUUGGUAAAGGUUUAGAGCAGGGCAUUCUUUCAAUUUUUACAUAAACGAAGUCUUGUUCUCUGUUA